CAUUUUGAAAAACCGACGAACAUGGCGGAUCCUCUUAUCGAGCCCUUCGCAGAGCUUUGUGGUGCUCUACGCGGGCUCCAGGAGCAGGUGGAGCAGCUGUCGCGCGUGCAUGAAGCGGUGGACGACUUUAACUCGGCGUUUGGCGCCUUCCAGGGGGCCAUGGCGCUGCACGCGUCGUGUCUGACGUACCCCAAGAACGUCCCAGCUCCGACUCGCGGACACAACUCGCUUGCGCAAGACAAGAAGCAGACAUCCCCAGGGACCGGUAUCCAACUGCCCAGCAAUUCGCGCGUGUCUCCGGACGGCAACGGCGAGCAAAAUAUGCUAGUGGGUGGAAAGAAAACUGCGGACAAGUUGUCGAAUGGGGAACUCAAGCAGAUGAAGAAAAAGCCUGCGACUGGAAUGAAGAGACAGGCGAAGGUGGACUCGAAUAACGCUCGUAUAAAGAGAAGGAAACCCGCACCUAAGGCAGCGAAGCCGGCGUGGACGUGGGAACGCCAUAUUCGGGAGAAAAUACCGCGCAAGUAUCAAAGCCCCGCGGAGCUCAAGAAGCUCGAGAAUAUCGUACUCUAUCUCAAGAACCGACACUGUGCCAUUUCUAUCUCCGACUUGGUCAAGCAUAGCGGGCUGCCAGUAAUUCGAUGCAAGGAGAUUUUGCAGACGCUCAUGAAGCUCGACAUCAUCGAGCGCAGGCGCGAAAAAUCGGGUUUCGUCUACAGUUUUAGCUCGUCGAACUGAGCCUUGCGUGAAAUCAAAUGCCAACUCGCGCAGCAGGGUCUAACUUCGUUGGAAUGGCGCUCGCUGUAGCGCUGGCUGGUCGCUUUUGCUUUUACAUGUGGCGUGCCAUCGGCCGUAUUUAUCCAAUUAACGCGUUUCCACUUGCCGAUCAGCAAUUUCUCACUCGACCACGUUGAGUUUCACUUCAGUUCCGAGUCGUCUUUGGUUUCCCAGCGUUCAUUAAUGCUUUCUUCCAGUGCCAUGUCAUCGCGCGAGAACCGCGCCAGUCGAGCGAGCGCGAGAGGUGAAGUCUUAGGGACGAUUGCAGCUGUACCACUUGAUCCUCCACCGUCACGUACAACAUCGGCAAAGCUUAAUGAUAAGCUCAUGGAGCGUUCGCUGUUCUUCCGGCUAAGCACCUUUGCAAUGCUCUGGCCGUCGAUCCGCUUCAAAGAAGAUUGCCGCUGUGACUGCCUGCCGUAUUCCGUGGACCCUUGACGAAGCAGACGCGCUGGGGCGUGGGAAUUAUGGCUACUGAUCUGGGGAACUAGCCGUGGACUACCGGUAUGGCGUUUCCGUGACCGAUCACUGUGGCUAGCUGCUGAGGUGGUUGAGCGUGUCGUCAGCUUCGCACUCUCACUCUCGCUGUGUCGUCGUGAAGUCGACUCAUUGUUGCAAGUAGUCACACUGCGUGGCUGAUGGACGUUGGCUUGAUGAAAAGGAUGUUGUGGUGGCUGGUUGUACUGGUGAUGGUGGUACGCAUAUUGUUGCUGCUGGUUGUACGGGUGGAAUGCGUACGGGUGCUCCAUCCCACCGAUAUAUGCUGUGCCUCCGACCGUCGUUGAAGCAGCAGUAUCGGACUUCGCGUUCACAGGAGCACCUGGGCCCAAGAUGGCACGGAGAAUGUUGUCCGGAUGGAGUCCAACACCAGCCACGAGACCCAUCCGAUUGUCUGCAAACAUAGUAGGAUCUCGCGACGCAGUAAGCAGUGCGAGAUGAGCCCCAGAAAACGCUCGUCGGAUCUGCAUGAUACGGAAACAGUUUCUUCCGACAUUGUUGCUCGGGCAUAAGGGGUCCUCAAUGAACACCGGGUCGAACUUGUGCGGGUCAUACGUUUGCUGCUGUAGCUGAUAGUCCAGAAGUCCAGUUGCAGCCCCCAUUCCAUCCAGUGCUCUUGAUGCCGGUAAGUCCAGUGAAGAACGAUAGCCGUACCGUCGUAAUCCUUCUGCAUUUGGUGACAGCUGCAUGUGGGGUUGCGCAGGUACUUGCCAAUGUUGAGCGUAGCCGUAUUGGCUUGUGCGGUCAUCCACUGCCGCAUCAUCAGCCGCGUAUUGCUGAUACUGAUGUGGUACCUGAUGAGGAUCACCCAUGCCUGUCGAUCCAACCACAGCUCCUGCCAUGAACGUACUCUCACGAUUUAAAAAGCAACGCGAAGCCACACUGAUCCCCGUUGUGCGUGGAUCGAAUCGGUUGCCGUAGAAAUCCAAAAAGCCCAUGAGCAUUAGACCGAAAUCAGCCACACCCGCCUGUACCGU